AUGCGCAAGACGGAUGAUGAAGUUACUAUAGAACACAACGACACUUUCUUGCGUUGGUUCAAAGAGCAGGUUCGUGCUAAUCCCCCUGAAGAGCGCAGUGCGGACGGGUUUCUCAUACACAUCUUAGCACAGGGCUCCGCGCCCAAACUCGUGUCCUAUGAGGCAUACGAUAUCAAUGGGUACACGUUCUACACAGAGGCCAAAGACAGGGACAGUGAUUACCAGAACUCAGGGGUGACGACUGAAUACGUGACCGACUCCAACGACACAAUUGAAAGAUUCUACAGAAGGGUCGAAGAGAUCUGGGAGCAUAACUAUGCUGGAAAUCACGAUGCGACGAUGUUCCGUGUUAGGUGGGCUAAGGCCAUCGUCCGUGAUGCCAAUGUCUCCGUCAUCGGCAUCAGAUCAGGUGGAGGGAUGAGGACAAGCAUGAUGGUUAGAGAGAUGGCAGUCAGCGUUGUCACGGGCGCCAUUAACUCUGUCAUCGACAAGCUAACUGGCCUGCUCGGCGACCAGGUCAGCAGCAUGCUCGGCAAACAAGUCAAGCUUGGGAUCCAGUACCUGAGAAAUGAACUGAGCAGCAUGAAAGCUGUCUUGUUGAGGCUCUCAGAUAUGGAGGAGCACAUGGACCCGCACACCAAGGAGUGGAGGGACAAGGUGCGGAACAUGUCGUUUGAGAUCGAGGACUGCAUCGAUCGCUUCGUGCAGAACCGCCACAACCAUGGAACCUCCCAGGGUGGUCUGAUGAAGAAGGCCGUGGGUAUCCUCAAGGGGAUAUGGGAUGACCUCCAGAUCAGCAAGGAGAUCGAGGCGCUCAAGGCCAUGGUCGCCGAGGAGAGCGAGCGGCGCAACCGGUACAACAUUGACAUGUGCCAUCCGUCACCUCCACCUGUGCCCUUGGACCAAGGAGGGCUACGUGCACAAUACGAGACGGCCAGAAAUCUUGUGGGCAUUGAUGCACCCCGGGAGAAAAUCUUUGGGUGGCUGAUGGAGCAAGACCCGAAACCAAACGUGGUGGUCAUCUUUGGGAUUGGAGGCUCCGGCAAGACCACACUAGCUUUGGAGGUGUACAACAAGAUCCAAGAACCAUUUGAUUGCAGGGCUUUCGUCUCCGUUUCUCGAACUCCUAACGUCAAGAGCCUUUUAAAAGAUAUCUUGUUUCAAGUCAAUGAAAAAGAGUAUGACAAGUCAGAAAUAUGGGAUCUGGCGCAGAUGAUACUCAAGAUCAGGAACCACCUGAAAGACAAGAGGUACUUAAUUGUUAUUGAUGAUAUCUGGAGCUCAUCAGCUUGGCAACAUGUGAAAUAUGCCUUACCUAUUGAUAACAACAAACGAAGUAGAAUGAUUGCUACAACACGUAGUAAGAAUGUGGCAACAGCAUGUUGUGCUGACAUGGAUGGGCAUAUGUACGAAGCGAAGCUUUUAAGUAUUGAUGAUUCCCGCAGUUUAUUCCUUGGAAGAAUAUUCCCUUCUAACCAAUGUUGUCCCCAAGACUUGAGAGAAGUAGCGGAUGAAAUUUUGAAGAAAUGUGGUGGCUUGCCAUUGGCCAUAAUCAGUAUAGGCAGUUUACUAGCCUGCAAAAGUCGAACAGUUGAAGUCUGGUUGAAAAUACGGAAAUCUGUUUCUUCUGCAGUUGAGAAAGAUUCUCCCAUUGACCAAAUGAAGAGAAUAUUAUUUCUUAGUUAUUUUGAUCUUCCACCCCACUUAAAGGCUUGUUUGUUAUACUUGAGUGUCUUUCCAGAGGAUUAUUACAUUGACAGCAGAUUUUUGAUAUGGAAAUGGAUGGCUGAAGGGUUAAUCCAUGAAGAAAAUAGAGAAGAUAUGGAGAUGCUCGGAGAAAGCUAUUUAAAUGAGCUUAUCAACAGAAGCAUGAUCCAAGCAAGAAAGAUUGGGGCGGAUGGUACAACGGUGAAAUUCUGUGGAGUUCAUGAUAUUGUGUUGGAUUUUAUUACAAGCCAAGCUGCUGAAGACAAAUUUGUCACUGUGUUGAAUGAUGGUAAAUACCCUUCAAAGAAUAUUCGCUGGCUAUCCCUCCACUUAAACUCUUCUGAAGCCGCAGAUUUGCCAAUAAAGGAUGCAUCUCUUCUUCGGUCACUAAAUAUAUUUGGAUCUAGUACUGUACCUAGAGGUAAGCAACUACCUCGAAAUUGCAAAGCUUUGCGAGUGCUCAAUAUAGAAGGUGUUAUGAAGUCUAAGAAUCAUGACAUUCAACAUAUUGGAAGUUUCUAUCAACUGAAGUACCUAAGGAUCACGUUGGACGGAAAACAUACACAAAGGGAAAGACCGUGGGAUUACCGGAUCACAGGCCCCAGAACAGCUAUAACCGAGCUUCCAGAACAAAUUGGCAACUUGCACAAUCUAGAGGUAUUAGAUCUUAGAGGUUGUGUAAUUAUGAAACUACCAAGGACUAUUGUUCAGUUAAAGAAACUCGUGUGCCUUUUUUUGCAUGGAAAUUCGACUCCACUGCCAGACGAAAUUGGGAAUCUGCAAUGCUUGGAGGAGCUUUCAUGGAUCAAUCUUUGUAAAGCAUCUGUAAGGUCUAUUGAAGGGCUUGGGGAGCUGACCAAACUAAGGGCACUUGAUAUUACAUGGAUAUCAUUUGGUGAUGGAGCUUUCAAUGAUGAAGAUCUCAUGAAAGUGUGGGCGUCAUCUCUCUCCAAACUCCUUGCAAACAGCCUACGUUCUUUGCGUUUCACUCAAUUCAAAAGCUCUAACUUCUUAGAUUGGUGGGUGUUUCCGAGUAGCUCCUCUCCUCCGCCUCUCCGGAGGCUAGUCCUUAGGGGACAUAUUUACUUUGGGUUCCCCACCUUACCAAAGCAGAUCAGCUCCCUCAUCAACCUCACUCGCCUUGGCAUUUCAGGUGUAUGUGAAAUGGGAGAGAGGGGAGUCAAUAUCCUCGCAAGUCUACCGAUGUUGCUUUCUCUUACACUGCGUUUGCGCUAUGGUGUACAACUAGGGCAUGCAAUCGGCAGCCAAGGAUUCCGGUGUUUAGUGAAGUUUAGCUUGUGUGCGGAGACCUGCUUGAAGUUUGAGCCAGGAGCUAUGCCAAAGCUCCAGAGGUUAAAACUAGUCUUGGCAAAGUCAGACAAGUACAGCCCCGGUGGUUUUGUCCAAGGAUUGCUGCACCUUUCAAGCCUCAAACAUAUCAGUAUCGGAUCGAGUUACUUCACCAUCGAACAUAGUGAGGAUUGGAAGGAUGAAAUCAGAAAAAUCAUAAGCAUCCAUCCCAACCAGCCAAUACUGGACAGGAUCUGA